AUGCUUCAUCUAGUUAGUGAAAUACGUAGUUAUACUUUAAAUCAAUUAGACCUUCUAGAGAAUGAUAGUGUCUUUGAAGUUUUUAAUACAGAGAUAGCUUGGGAAUUGGGUCAAUAUGGAAGAAAAAGAUGUAUUAAAGAAUUUCCAAGAAGAAAUAUAGUAGUAGAUAUUGCAUUGGUAGGAGGUCAUACGCUAUUCCAUACGGCCAUUGGAAAUGAUACAAAUUAUGACAAUGAUCAAUGGAUUAAAAGAAAAUCAAACACCGUGUUCAGAUUUGGUAGAUCUAGUUUCUACAUGGGUCAGAAAUUAAGGAUUAAAAACAUGUCUAUCGAAGAAGCUUUGUUUGUUUCCCCGAAUGAAUUUGCGACACAUGGAGGAAGUAUUCCAAUAAAAGUUGCAAGUUGUUCGAGUCUCAUUGGAGCUUUCACAAUAUCAGGUUUGGCCCAGGAAGAAGAUCAUUUGUUAGCGUUAGAUAUAGUGCAAACCUUUCUUAAGUCCAAAGUAAUAUGA